GGGGCUCGCCUGCGCCCCGGAAGCUGCCCCUUCUCGGGGGUCAAGAUGGGCAGCAAAAUGGCGUCUGCCAGCAGGGUCGUGCAGGUAGUCAAGCCACAUACUCCAUUAAUAAGGUUCCCUGACAGAAGAGACAAUCCUAAACCCAAUGUAUCAGAAGCUUUGAGAUCAACAGGGGUACCAUCUCAUUCUGCAAUUUCACAGCAUUCUAAGGGAAGUAAAUCACCAGAUUUGCUGAUGCAUCAAGGUCCACCAGACACUGCAGAAAUACUAAAAUCAUUACCUCAGAAAUACAGAAGGAAACUUGUGUCUCAAGAAGAAAUUGAAUUUAUCCAACGUGGAGGUCCAGAAUAAUCACUGUGAGCAGCAGUUUGUCAUCAAACAAAAGAACUGACUUUACGAUAAAGGACUUCCAAAAUAACAAAUGAGAAAUUGUAUAUUAAACAACUUUAAUAAAGUAAAAAAAAAAUGAAAUAUAGAAAAUUUAGAUGGACACUUUUAUCUCCUAAUUUAUGUAUCUUGGUCAGCUUCUCCACAAGCUUACCUAAUUGUUUAUAUGCUUUCUACUUAUUAAAGUAUACAUUUUUAAAUGUUAGCCUAUUUACUCUUUUUUGGGGGAGAGGCAGCUAGCCAGUAUGGGGAUCCAAGCCCUGGACCUGGUUGUAUAACACCACGCUCUAAGCAACUGAGCUAACUGGCCAGCCCAUAUUAAUAUACUCUUGAUUAUCAAAUAUAAUGUGUUGAACUAUUAAAAGCACGCGGUGUUCAAUAUACUAGUAUAUAUUUCCCAUAAUUUUACUUUUCUUUCUGUUUCUGUUUAGACACGGGAAGAAUUUAUCAGGCAGAAUUGCCGUUUUAAGGAUGUAAUUUUCCUGAAAUUGGAUGAGGAUCAGUGAAAUAAUGAUUAUUUGUUCUGAAUUCUCUCACAUUUUUUAAUUCACAAGGUUACUGAACUAUAAC